AUGAGCCAGCCGCCUGCAGGGGGCGCCGCCGCCGAGCCUCGCCUCCACCCCGAGGGCAGCAGCGGCAGGAAGCAGCAGCGAGCCUCCUCUCCGGCCAGGGCCCGCGACAACACCCCGCGCCCGCCGCCCGCCGCCGCCGCCUCCCGCGCCCCGGCCGCCGCCGCCGCCGCCGCCAAGGCCGCCUCGGCGCGGCCGCCGCCGGGCCAGGCCCCCAGAGCCGCCCGCGGCCGCGCCGCCGACAAGCCGCCGCGCGGCGCCGGGCCGCCGGGAGCUGUCCAGCCCGGCGCCGGUGCUGAACCGCCGCCCGCCGCCGGCGGGAAAGCCGCCGCCGCCGCCGAGGAGCCGCCGCCGCGCGCCGCCGAGCCCGCCGCGCCGCGGGCCGCCGAGGAGGCGCCCCCUGCAGGAGGAGGCGGCGGCGGCGGCGGGGGGGAGCGGGAGGGGGCGGUGGCGCCGCAGCCGCCGCCGCCGCCCAAGCACUGGCGGGGGAAAGCGGGGCGGUCUCCGCUGAAGGGCGCGGGGGAGGCGGCCCCGGCGCCUCCAUCUUCCUCGGGCGCGGGGAAGGGCCGCGGGGCGGCGGGCGGCGGCGGCGGGUACUGGAAGGAGGGAUGCCUGCAAAGUGAGCUCAUCCAGUUCCACCUCAGGAAGGGGCUGGCGGCGGCCGCCCAGAUGCAAACCAAGGGCAGCAACCACAGCAGCAGCGGCAGCGCUUCCUCCGCCUCCUCCGCCUCCGCGGCCGCCGCCCCGGCCGAGCCUCCCCUGGCCGCCUCCGCCUCCUCGCCGUCUGCCAUGGCGGCGGCCGGGGCGGAGGGGCUGCGGCAGGGCGAGGCGGGCGGCGGCGGCAGGAGCGGCGCCCCCGAGGGCGCCAUGAGCCCCCAGCUGCAGGAGGAGAUGCAGGAAGAGAUGGAGAAGCUGCGGGAGGAGAACGAGAGCCUCAAGAACGAGAUAGAUGAGCUGAGGACAGAGAUGGAUGAGAUGAGGGACAGUUUCUUCGAGGAGGACGCUUGUCAGCUUCAAGAAAUGCGCCACGAACUGGAGCGAGCCAACAAGAACUGCCGGAUCCUUCAGUACCGGCUGCGCAAGGCUGAGCGCAAGAGGCUCCGCUACGCCCAGACCGGCGAGAUCGACGGCGAGCUCUUGCGCAGCAUGGAGCAGGACCUCAAGGUUGCAAAAGAUGUAUCGGUGAGACUUCAUCAUGAGUUAGAAAAUGUGGAAGAAAAACGUACUGUAACAGAAGAUGAAAAUGAAAAAUUAAGACAGCAGCUUAUAGAAGUUGAAAUUGCCAAACAAGCACUACAGAAUGAACUGGAAAAAAUGAAAGAGCAAUCACUGAAAAGAAGAGGGAGCAAAGACCUACCAAAAUCAGAAAAAAAGUCACAGCAGACACCAACAGAGGAGGACAAUGAAGACCUGAAAUGCCAGCUACAGUUUGUCAAAGAAGAAGCAGCCUUGAUGAGGAAGAAAAUGGCUAAGAUUGAUAAAGAGAAAGACAGAUUUGAACAUGAGCUGCAAAAAUAUAGAUCGUUUUAUGGGGAUUUGGACAGUCCCUUGCCAAAAGGUGAAGCAGGUGGGCCACCUACCACAAGAGAAGCUGAACUCAAGCUUCGAUUGAGACUUGUGGAGGAGGAAGCUAACAUUCUUGGGAGGAAAAUAGUGGAACUAGAAGUAGAAAAUAGAGGACUGAAAGCAGAACUUGAUGAUUUAAGAGGAGAUGAUUUCUCAGGGACUUCUAACCCGCUCCUGGGAGAGCAGAGUGAAUCCCUGUCAGAAUUACGACAGCAUUUGCAGCUAGUAGAAGAUGAAACAGAAUUGCUGAGGAGAAAUUUAGCUGAUUUGGAAGAACAAAACAAGCGCAUAACAGCUGAGCUGAACAAAUACAAGUACAAGUCUGGGGCCCAUGAGAGCUCUAGGCACCACGAUAAUGCCAAGACAGAAGCGUUACAGGAGGAGCUAAAAGCUGCACGAAUGCAGAUCAAUGAGCUGAGUGGCAAAGUCAUGCAACUCCAAUAUGAGAACAGAGUCUUAAUGUCCAACAUGCAGCGUUAUGACUUGGCCUCUCAUCUUGGGAUCCGUGGCAGUCCCAGAGACAGUGAUGCGGAAAGUGAUGCAGGGAAAAAAGAGAGCGAUGAUGAUUCCCGCCCCCCUCACCGCAAAAGGGAAGGCCCCAUCGGUGGGGAAAGUGACUCCGAAGAGGUACGCAACAUUCGGUGCCUGACACCCACGAGGUCUUUUUAUCCGACACCAUCUGGGUGGCAGAAAAGCUUCACUGACAGGCAGCAGAUGAAGGACAUUCGCUCUGAAGCUGAGCGGCUAGGCAAGACAAUAGAUCGCUUAAUUUCUGACACGAGCACCAUCAUAACAGAGGCGAGAAUUUAUGUAGCUAAUGGGGACCUCUUUGGACUGAUGGAUGAGGAAGACGAUGGCAGCAGAAUACGUGAGCAUGAGCUUCUUUACCGGAUCAACGCACAGAUGAAGGCCUUCAGGAAAGAGCUCCAGGCUUUCAUCGACAGACUCGAAGUUCCAAAGUCUUCGGAUGAUCGAAGUGCAGAUGAACCUUUGUCAGUGAGUCAGAAUUGUUCCAGAGAGGUUUUGGGGAGCAGAUUCCUUGCUGACUCAAGAUCUUUUGCCAUGAAAACUGACCUACCCUUAUCUUAUCAUGCAAUCCUAUAG